AUGACCGACUCAACUUUCCAGGAGGUUCCAAGAAGAAGGACGGGAGGAACAACAGAUCCGUCCGAACGAUCAAGAGGCCAAACCGCGACUGAAUUGCGCAGGUCCAGUCGGACCCAUAAAAGCCCUGCCUACCUACAUGAUUACGUAUGGGGAGAUUACUUCGGACUAAGGAGCGCGGGAUCCUGCCGCGACUACUUCUACCGGGAGAAGGCCCCGGAUUCUGCCCCUCAGUCGGCGAAAGCCACUCGUCCACCUUCGCUUUUUCACCAGAUGGAUCGCGCAGCCCGCUCCGGUAGCGGCGCCUCGGAGCCCCUGGACGAGCUCUUCGGGAAUCCGCCUCUUGCGCGAUCUUCACGAGGGAAGCCGCGACGCACUUUUGGAUUGGAUCCGGCGCGGCUAAAGGGGCGCAUCCGACGGGAGAGCUCCGACGGAUCCGGCACGUCGAGUCCCCGAUGGUCGUUGAAUAGAGAAGGCGCGACGGUCUCCGCUUCCUUCGCCCGGGCUCAGCGCCGAAGAGGAAGCGAGGUGUGCCUUGUGUGUGGCGGACAAUGCAGCCGAAUAUUUCCCCCACAUCUUGGCUCAUCACAGAUAAUCUAUGGAAAUGGUACCACUAUUGGCUCUGUAAUUACAUUUCGUUGUUCUGAAGAGCAUCAGCUGAUUGGUCAUGGAGUUGUCACUUGCAUUUGGAAAGAAAAUGCUACACAGUGGACAGGUGACACGCCUUCAUGUAUACCCAUAUCCAAGUAUGAAACCUUUGGAUUUAAAGUUGCCGUGAUUUCUUCCAUUGUGAGCUGUGCCAUUAUACUCCUGAUGUCGAUGGCUUUUGUAACCUGUUGUCUUAUCAAGUGUAUUAAGAAAAGUGAAAGAAGAAGGGCUCAAAGGGAUAUGCAGUUCUGGUACCAGCUCAGAAGUGAAGAGCUAGAAAAUAUGCAAGCAGCGUACUUUGGUUUGAAAGGCAGGAACAACAACAACAACAACAAAAAUAUUAAAACCCAGGCGGAGUCUGAUGGUGGUAGUAAUGUGGCGUAUGACAACCAAGGCUUCUGCAGCUUCAAAGAAGACUGGAUUAGAGACAUGGCACAAACACGCUGUUCUGGAGAAUGUGACUUACAAAAUAAAUCGGCAAAAACCAGUAAUGCAUUUGGUAAACUUUUGGCCCCUGGACAUAGUGGUGGUAUACAGAGCAUCCAUACAGUACAUGCGGUAGACGUUUACGGGCAGGAUACAGAUAUCCUUGGAAAACUGCAUACUCACUUACCUGGAUAAACAGCCUCCAACCGUUAAAAGUUGUCCUGGACCAAAGGAAAUUGUGAAUACACAUGCUUACUGAAUGUGCCUUAAAAACAACAUAAAAAUAAAUGUCUGUCCCUCAUGUAUCUGUUGCGGUAAAUGUUUGACUAUAGCUAUAAUUUAUCAAAUUGCCCAAAAUAUGGAAAAUUAAAUUCAGUGUCACAAAAAAGCAAAAUAAAAUGCAUUUUUUAUAUUUACUAGGGCAGCGCAUGCUUAAAAAACAAUUAAGAAGAAAUUACUUGGAUUUGCACAAGCACAGCAGCACCUCCUUUCAUUAAAGAAGCAAAACUUAUUCCAGGUGAGCGUCAGUAAAUAGGUGCUGCUGCUUUAAUGAACGGGAGAGAGGCUGUACUCUGUUCCAAAGCACUUUGGAAUUAUUUUGAUGUUUGUGCGCACCUACAAUUUAAUAUCAAACUACCAUUUCUGCACUUCGCUCAAAAAAUAAAAAAGGGAUGACAUCAAGAAAGGAAUUGUAUAUUGUUUUAUGUGCUUCAAUGUUGGCUCUUACCAGUUUGUACCUUUUCUGCAUGUGAAAAUCCUGAUGAUAGUGAGGAUGAAUU